AAUGUUUGUAAAGGUUGUAUGUUUGUUGUAUGCGGAAAUGAUAUCGCUAGUAUUUAACGCUAUCUAUUCAUGUCCUGGGGGAGAAAAUGGAUCCUCUUAAAUGGGUCACGUCCCUGGUUCCAGGAUCUAAUCUCUGAUUGGUUUUGAGAUUGGGAUAAUAUAGGUAUUUAAAAGGCUGCAUAAGAUUGACUGUAUAUUUCUUGAUUCCCAUGAAGCUAAUCAUGGGAGCAAAACUUUUACUGGUUUGUUUUGUGAUAAUUCUGUUUUGGGAUGGCUGCCAGGCUCGAUCUGCAGGACAAGAAUUUGCCACUGCGUUUAUGCAAAAUUAUGUACCCUCUUUUGAUGUGCCGCUCUUUCAGCUUUAUAUCACCUCUGUGAAUUCUAAUUGCCUGGUGAAGGUCAACGUACCUGGUCUUCGUUUCACCCAGGAGAUGCAACUGACUGCUGCAGGUCAGGGCAUCACUGUGACCCUCCCCAAAGAAGUCGAGCUGUCUGGCACCAAGAGGUCCCGCAAUACUGCCCUCAUUCAGGCAACCGAUGACAUAACGGUUUCCUCACUAAACUCAAAACAACACACGGCAGAUACGUCCCUGGUCUACCCUAUGAGCGAAUGGGGCACUGAAUAUUUUGUUUUCACCCCUACUAAUUCCCCUCCAUCCAUGCUGAAGGAGUUUGUGCUUGUCAACGGUAAAGAGCAGAACGCAGUGGAAGUGUUCCUUCGAGCGGCGGUCCGCUUCGAAGGCCGCUUGUAUGGAGUCGGCAGUAAACUAAUUUUGGUGAUGGACCCUUUCGAAAAUGCACAAAUACAAAGCCAAGGAGACUUAACAGGAACCCGCGUAUCCUCGCAACUUCCCAUCGCCGUGUACUCGGGCCACAUGUGCACGUGGCGCUUCUCUAAGUGCAAUCACGUUUAUGAGCAACUCCUGCCGGUGCAAAGAUGGGGAUCUCAAUUCCUGGUGGCUCCGUUUAGCAUCCAGAGCCAGUUUGACAGCGUCUAUAUCCAGGCAUCGCAGUCAACGAAUGUAACUGUUCAAUUUGGUCGUACUAUAUUAAAUGAUGUACUUCAGCGUGGUAUGAUCAUAGAAUACAAAAUCCAGUUUCCAAAUGGUCUAAACAUCAUUGCUGACAGCAGAAUCCAGGUGUUUUUUUUGUUUAAUGGUGUGCGAACAUCCUAUAAUGUGAUGUACGACCCGUUUCUUGUAAAUCUUCUGCCCAACAACCAUUUCGGUUCUUCGUACGCACUUGAUGGGAUAGCUGGCUUUGACAACCGAGCCCUGUUGAUUGUGCCUACAAAUGAACAGUCAGGGAUUCUUUUUGAUAGCUUGCCUUUACCUGGAAGUCAGUGGAGGGUCAUCAAAAACAGCCAGUACUCCUGGACUGAGCUGGUUUAUCAACCUGGGGCAGGUGGCCACAAAGUAACCCAUGCAAGUGCUUCUUUUGGGGUCUAUAGUGUGGGAAUCGAGCAAGUGAAUGGAUAUGGAGCUCCAGCCCCAUGCAUUGAUCCAGUUGUGCCUCGCUCUUGCUUCAGCAUCGGCUGUAGUCAGGAUGAGGAGUGCCAGAUGAUGGGUUCCAUCCCCACCUGUGUGAAUAAACCAGUUGGAUUGUGUUGGGCUAUGGGCGACCCUCACUACAGCACAUUUGACCAGAAUUAUUUUGACUUUAUGGGCACUUGCACUUAUGUCGUCACCAGGAACUGUCAGAAAAAUGACAGUCUUCCAGCUUUCGAAGUCUUAGCUAAAAAUGAAAACCGCGGCGACAUGAGAGUCUCCAAUGUGGCACUUGUAAUUGUGAAUAUCGGCGGUAUCACCAUCAGCGUUAAAGGUUCCGAUCCCGGGAAAGUCAGGAUUGACCAAAGUGUGUGGAGCCUUCCUGUCAUUCUUGAAGAUGUUGGAGUAUCCAUGUUCCAGUCCGGCAGCUUCAUCACAAUCCUUUUUUCUUUUGGGCUGAAUGUGCAGUAUGACUAUAAUCACUAUCUCGUGGUCUCCAUGCCCACUGCCUUCAUGAACAAAGUCUGUGGCCUCUGUGGCAACUUUAAUGGUGAUCCCAAUGACGAUUUCACAAUGCCUUCAAACACCCUGGCUCCCAAUGCAACAGCGUUUGGCCAGAGUUGGAAAGUUCACAACUUAACAUGGGAUGAGGGCUGUAGAGAUGACAAUAGCGGCCAUGAAUGUGAUGCUCAAGCACUUAAACAAUGGGAGGGUGAAAACUACUGUGGACUCUUAAUGAAGGGGCCAUUCAGUCAGUGUCAUUAUGUUAUCAAUCCUGCUAUUUACAUUCAGAACUGCUUGUAUGACGUCUGUUUGGCAGAUGGCCACAGAAACUACUUAUGUAAUGUCUUGAAGGUCUAUUCGAGUGUAUGUCAACAUUUUGGGAUACAACUAACCAACUGGAGAGAAGCAGCCAAUUGCUCUUACAGAUGCCCUGAAAACAGUCAUUAUGAAUUUUGUGGUAGCGCUUGCCCUUUGACCUGUGGCCUCAGGGCUCAUUUGAACUGCACUUUGCCCUGUGCCGAAACAUGCGCUUGUGAUCCUGGUUUUGUUCUUAGUGGAUCAAAAUGUGUACACUCUGCCCAAUGUGGCUGUUCCUACAAUGGACGCUACGUUCCCGCUGGGGAGGCUUUCUGGGCGGAUGAUGCUUGCAAGCGGCUUUGUCGUUGCUCCACAGAAGGCGGACGACUAGAAUGCCAAGAUGGAGGCUGUGGGGCUGGACAGCACUGCCAGCUGGUGAAUGGCAUUAGGGAUUGUUAUCCUGUCUCCCAAAGCACCUGUAUGGCAGGGGGCGACCGCCAUUACUAUACCUUUGACAAGAAGUACUUCAACUUCCAGGGAAACUGUAUAUAUCAGUUGGUUGGAGUUUGUGUCUCAGAUCCUGGACUGGUGUCAUUUGAUGUGCUGGUGCAAAAUGAGUUUCGGGGAAGCAGAGCGGUGACGUUCACUAAGUUACUGGAGAUCAAAGUAUAUAAUAUCAGCAUUGUUAUUGAUAGAGAAUACAGCAGUGUUGUUACCGUCAAUGGUGAGCUGUUGAACCUCCCUUUCAGUCUUAUUGAAGGUCAGGUUUCAGUUUUCAGAAGUGGCUGGUCUGCUGUCGUUCAAACCUCUUUUGGUCUCAGAGUCACGUUUGAUUGGAACAGCUUUGCCACCGUCACCGUCCCCAGCACCUACAUGGGUGCCGUCUGUGGCCUCUGUGGGAACUACAAUGGAAAUCCAGAAGAUGAUCUGACCGUCAGAGGAACAACAUUACCUUCCUCAGGACCGGUGGAGUUUGGUGCCAGCUGGCUUGUAGCCGAGAUCCCAGACUGUGUCCAUGGCUGCACAGACAGUUGUCUAAAUUGUGACCCGGCCAAAAAGAGUCUCUAUAAAACGUCUGAUUUCUGUGGGCUGCUGCGUGACCCACAGGGGCCUUUCAGGGACUGUCAAACAGGGCUGAACCCUGAACCAUUUUUUGAGGGUUGUGUUUACGAUGUCUGUUUGUAUAACGGAAGGAGAGAUAUACUGUGCCAGUCCAUUACAGCAUAUAUAUCUGCCUGUCAGGCGAUGGGAAAAACCAUCAGCCCCUGGAGAACUGCUGAAUUCUGUGGUGUUCAGUGUCCUGUUCACAGCCACUAUGAGAUCUGUGGUUCUGGCUGUGAAGUCACGUGUCAUAGUUUGGCUCCUCCCACUGGCUGUCGUAGCCGCUGUACGGAGGGCUGUGUGUGUGACCAGGGUUUCGUCAGGAGUGGCGGCCGCUGCGUCCCCCUCUCUCAGUGUGGCUGCCUCUAUGGCAAACGCUACUAUAUGCUUUACCAACAGUUCUAUCCUGGCAAUAACUGUGAGGAGGUGUGCACAUGUACAGCGGAUGGCCAGGUGGUCUGUAAUAAGUUAUCUUGUGGCCCCUAUGAGAAGUGCGAGUUGAUGGAUGGCUUUCGCAGAUGCCAGCCAAUCGGGAAGGCCAUUUGUGAAGCUGUUGGAGACCCACACUAUGUGUCCUUUGAUAAGCAGCGUUUUGAUUUCCAGGGCACCUGUACCUACGUCCUGUCCCAAUCCUGUGGCCUGGAACAGACCAGCCUGACCCCUUUCUCCGUCCAGGUGGAGAAUGAGAGAUGGUUGCCCAAUAGCAAAGUCGCUGUUACCAAGCUAGUGGCCUUAACCGUCUACGGCAUUACCCUCGUCGUAAGACAAAACGAGCCCCAGAUGAUGGUCAAUGGGGUUUUGACUAAUGUGCCGUACAGUUCAAACAGUUUAAAUGGCUCCUUGGUCCAGGUCUAUUUUGACGGUAGAAACUACAUCAUCGAGACCGGCUUUGGCCUCAAGGUAACCUACGACCGGGUUUACAAAGUUACUGUUACUGUCCCUGGCAACUACCGUGGAAAAACCUGCGGGCUCUGCGGUAACUUUGACGGAGUCCCUUCCAAUGACUUCCGCCUCCCAGAUGGCAAUAUUACACAGGACGUUAAUGUAUUCGGGAGAGCCUGGAAAGUGGACGUCCCAGGAGCGGUGUGUGGGGACGGAUGUGAAAGCGGCACAUGUGUGGACUGUGCUCCCAGACUGAAAGCCAUCUAUGAGAAGCAUCCCUACUGUGGAGUUCUGGUUGACCCCAACGGACCGUUUGCCGCCUGUCAUGCUGUGCUGAACCCUUCAGCUUAUCUGGACGACUGUGUCUUUGAUACGUGCGCGUCUGGCGGAAACAGCAAGGUGGUUUGCGACAGUGUGGCGAGAUACGCUUUUAGUUGCCGUGCAGCUGGAGUCGUUAUCCAAAAAUGGAGGACAGACUCUUUCUGCCCAAUGCCGUGUCCAGCUCGCAGUCAUUAUGAGCUGUGUGCAGACGUCUGCUCUGCUCCCUGUCCUGGGAUCACUUCAAUAACCCGGUGUCCUCAAACCUGCACAGAGGGCUGCGCUUGUGACAAUGGUUAUCUUUUUAAUGGCCAACAGUGUGUUGAACACCAGCAAUGCGGCUGCUAUGGGCUGGGACGCACGUUUAAGGCUGGGGAGGUGGUUUACCUGAACCAGUGUAAGCAGAAGUGUCAAUGUGAUCCAGGGAAGGGACUUUCCUGUGAGAGAGUCAACUGUCCUAACGACACACAGUGUUUACUGAGAGCGGGAGUGUGGGCCUGUUAUCACCCAGAUCCAUGUCAAGACGUCCACUGUCGAGAGAAAGAGACCUGCCGGUUUGAACGUGGCAAGGCCGUGUGUGUGCCUCUGUACAACAGCACCUGCUGGGCGUGGGGCGAUCCGCACUUCCACACCUUUGAUGGAUAUGAAUAUGACUUCCAGGGCACCUGCAGAUACGUCUUGUCCAAGACCUGUGGGAAUCUGAGCGGACUGGUGCCUUUCUCUGUGACACAGAGCAAUGAAAACCGUGGCAACCCUCAUGUGUCUUAUGUGCGGGAGGUGGAGGUUAUUGUAUAUGGCAACACUCUUACCGUGCUGAACCAUCAGAAGGGACUGAUCAUGGUGGAUGGUUUGGUGUUUAAUCUUCCACUUCAUCUUCAUGAUGGCCGUGUGAGGGUGCGAGAGAUUGGCAACGCUGCGCUUUUGGAAACUGAUUUCGGUCUGCGCGUCUCUUACGACUGGAACUCAAGGGUUUACCUGCAGCUGCCUAGUAGUUACUAUGGAGUUGUGUGUGGCCUGUGUGGAAAUUUCAAUGGGAAUGCUGGAGAUGAGCUGAGAAACCCUGCUGGAAACCCUCUGCCAAGUGUGUACCAGUGGGCAAAGAGCUGGAGAGCAAAAGACAAUGUCACAUCUGCAUGUCAUGAUGGCUGUGAGACCGGCUGCCCUGUUUGCUCUCCUGACAAACGUGCCCUGUAUGAAACAGACGCUUUCUGUGGUGUCCUUACUUCUACAGAUCUGAGUGUCUUUAGUGCAUGUCAUGCUAAAGUGAACCCACAGGCCUUCCAGCAAAGCUGUGUGUUUGACCUGUGCUUCAGUAACGGAGACCGAGGAAUGCUCUGUCAGGCUCUGGAGACCUACGUCGCUCGGUGUCGUCAAGAGGGCGUCAUUAUUACAGAUUGGAGAGAGAAAUUUCAUUGCCCUAUGAGCUGCCCGCCGAACAGUCAUUACGAGGCCUGUGCUUCUCCGUGUCCAGUAACGUGUCCGUACCCAGAUCAGCAGCGUUAUUGCACUGACACCUGUGUGGAAGCUUGUGUUUGUGACAGCGGUCUUGUCCUCAGUGCUGGCGCUUGUGUGCCCACCAAUCAAUGUGGCUGUUCUUUCGAAGGCGCCUACUACCAACAAGGCCAAGCGUUCUGGGCUGAUGAUCAAUGUCAUCGGCUGUGCGAGUGUGACCGUAACUUGAGAGUCGUGGUGUGUCGUGAAUCUUCCUGCGCCUCUGGUGAGAGCUGCUCGGUGGUUAAUGGAAGACGCAGCUGUCAGCCAAUGAGCUCUGCUGUAUGUGUAGCGUCAGGAGACCCACAUUACCACACGUUCGACGGACUCCGUUUUGACUUCCAGGGCACGUGUGUGUAUCAGUUGGCGGCCCUGUGCAUUGAUAAAGAGGGUCUUGUACCUUUUAAUGUGACCAUUCAGAAUGAACAUCGUUGGAGAAGAGCAGUGAGCUUCACUAAAACUGUGAAUGUGUCUGUGAAUGGAUUCACCAUCACAAUGACCAGAGAACAUCCGUAUCGAAUCCUGGUUGAUGGCCAGUUAGCAGAACUUCCCUUUUCGAUGCGAGGUGUGUUUGUAUUUUAUUAUGGUAACACUGCUGUGUUGAAGACAAACUUUGGUCUCCAGGUGACCUUUGACUGGUCCAGUGUGGCUAAGGUCACUUUGCCUAACAAUUACAGCGGUGCAGUGUGCGGCCUUUGCGGGAACUUCAACAGUGUUGUUCAAGAUGACCUUGCAAUGCGCAAUGGUAUGAUGGCACCCAAUGCCAGUAGUCUGGGACAGAGCUGGCAGGUUGCCGCAACACCUGAAUGUUCGUCAGAUGGUUGCCUUGGCACUGGAUGUUUACCCUGCCCUGCGACCCAGAGGGAGAACGCCCGGCGCUAUUGUGAGAUCAUCGCAAACCAGACAGGACCUUUCAGAGAAUGUCACGCCCAGAUUGAUCCUGGAUCUUAUCUAGAGGAUUGCAUAUUCGACACCUGCAACUUCGAAGGACAUCAGGCUGUGUUGUGUGACGCGCUGGCAGUCUAUGUUUCUGCAUGUCAGAGUCAAAGUGUCACAAUUCACCCGUGGAGAAAUGCUACUUUCUGUCCUCCGUCCUGCCCACCCAACAGCCACUACAACCCCUGUGCCCCAGGCUGUCCCGAGACCUGCGUUAAUCUCUCUGAGCUCAACUGCAGCAGACCCUGUGCUGAGGCCUGCCAGUGUGAUCAUGGAUACAUCUUGAGCGGCCAAACCUGUGUGCCACAAGCAGAAUGUGGCUGCUUCUAUCAGGGACGUUAUUACAAGAAACACCAAAUGUUUUACGUCCAUGAGCAGUGCUUGGAGCUCUGCAGGUGUGGGGAAAAUGGAACCGUUUCCUGCCAGACAUCAAGUUGUGGACCAGGGGAAGCUUGCAGGCUGGUGAAUGGAGUAUUAGGAUGCCAUCCUGUCAGUUACGGAAGAUGUGUCGCCACUGGUGACCCUCACUAUUUUUCUUUCGAUGGUAGGAGGUUUGACUUUCAAGGCGCAUGCGCUUAUACACUCGCUAAGGUAUGUGAUCGGAUCGGGGGGCGGCUGGUGGAUUUUUCUGUGGAAACCAAGAACGAGCAGAUUGGAAACAUAAGAGUUUCUGUCAUCAAGAACUUGACUGUGAAGGUCUACAACUUUAAAAUUAUCAUCCAACGAGGUGAACGCUGGAGAGUCAUCGUAAAUGAUGAGUUUGUGAACCUCCCUACAUCGCUUGGCCAUCAAGUCACCAUUAACCAGGUUGGUUUCACUGUCGUAGUGCAAACUGAUUUCGGAUUGAGAGUUCUGUAUGACGCUGGUUACCAUGCAGAAGUCCAUGUACCCUCAAACUAUCAAGGCAGCAUGUGUGGUUUGUGUGGCAACUACAAUGGCAACCCAGCCGAUGACUUCUUGUUGCCCAAUGGGACCCAAAGCUCCAGUGUAGAUGCGUUCGGACAGGCGUGGGGAUUGCCGGCAACUGGUGUUCAGUGCGGAGACAGAGAUUCCCAGAAGCAGUGCAAUCAGACCGAAGCCGAGAGAUACCGCAGAGAAGAUGCCUGUGGCCUUAUGGCAACUGCCGCUGGUCCCUUCAGUGCAUGUCAUGCUUGGGUGAAUCCUCAGCAACAUGUGAUUAACUGUGUAUUUGACAUGUGUGUUAUGGAUGGAGACAGAGCCAUGCUAUGUCAAAAUCUUCAGGCGUAUGCCAUUAUCUGCCAACAAGCAGGGAUACCAAUCAUGCCAUGGAGAAAUAGUUCAUUCUGCUGGGCCGAUUGUCCAGCUAACAGUCACUAUGUACAGUGCUCUAAUAACUGUGCCAACACCUGUGCCAGCCUUAGUGGGUCCUACAGCUGCCCAAAUAUUUGCAUGGAAGGCUGUCAGUGUGAUGAAGGUUUGCUCUCAGAUGGUGAGAAGUGUGUGUCCUUGGGAGACUGCGGAUGUGUCCAUAAUGGCAAAUACCUAAAGGUUGGCGAAGUCUCAGUGACUGACACCUGCGACAUGAAGUGUGUGUGUCAUUCCGCGGGGGUGCUGGAGUGUGUGAAACAAGCCUGUGCCAGAGGAGACAUCUGUGAUGUUCAGGGUGGCAAACGAGAUUGUUACCCUGAUCAAGGCCACUGUGUAUUUGAUGCAGAUGACCAGUUGCAGUCAUUUGAUGGUGUAAAUGGGACGGUUGACCGGCCAGGAUCCUUUCAAAUGGCUUUCUUAUGUGAUCAAGAGUCUCAUGACUGGUUCCGUGUGGUGUUAGAUGCACUUGCAUGUGCCAGGAAUGAUCCUGGUAAAGUGACAAUGGUCCACGUCUUCUUCCAGGACAUGAUCAUCACAGUCAACAAUCGUCGGCACAGCUGGGUGAAUGGAAAGAAGGUCUCAUAUCCCUUUAUGCCUGAAGAGGGGGUGUCAGUCUCAUACAGAAAUGAGGCCGUGGUCAUUGAGAAGAUGUCUACCAUGAGACUGACUUACUCUGUCACUGGAGGGGUCGUGUUAUCCGUAAACAGAGACCUGACAGACAAAGUUUGUGGCGCUUGUGGCAACUUUAAUGGAGACACUGCAGAUGAUAUGAGAACUUCUGAUGGGAGAAACUCCACUAUGUUGUCUCUGGUUGUAUCAUCCUGGCAGGCUGAAGACUUCUUUACAUGUGAUGUGUAACAAACCCGGGCAAGAUUUUGUUACCAAAGAGAUUUCUAAUAUAGAAAUUGUAAAUUAUAUUUAAUUGCACAUUGGGUUUUAGAAUGACGCUUUGGUGUAAACUGAAUGAUUUCUACAUAGGGCUACUAUGUUUUUAGUCUGAUCGUACUUCUGCACAUGAUUUAAGAUUAUGCACAUUAAAAUACACGCCUGAAAUCU